CUUCAGACGUGACAGUAGCAGGACAGUCAGAAUGGCCGAAAAGUCAGAGAUCACGCACCACACGGAAAACGUCUCCACAGCAGGAGGAGAAAAGGCAGAUGCGAUUCAUUCCGAAGCCGCCAGUGAUAAUCCUCCACACCACCAGCACCACCACUCCUCACCCCCCAUCUUCAUCGAAGACAAAAAACGUUCCCGCCGCCUCGUCCGAAAAAUGGACCUCCACAUCUUCCCCCUCUGCGCCUGGCUCUACCUCCUCAACUACCUCGACCGCGGCAACAUCGGCAACUCCAAAGUCCUAAACUCCGAAACAGGCGACUCCCUCCUCCAAAAAACCCACAUGACCAACAAAAACUACGCCGUCGCCGUCUCCUUAUUCUCGCUCGCGUAUUUCCUCUUCGAGGUGCCGUCGAAUUUGAUCCUGAAGAGGUACGUGAGACCGAGUGUGUGGCUUGCGGUCUUGUUGGGGUGUUGGGGGGUUUUCACGUUGGGGUUCGCGGGUGUGAGGACGUAUGCGCAGGUUGUGGUGUUGAGGUUUUUCAUCGGGGUUUUUGAAGCAGGAUUCUUCCCCGGCAUCGUGUACCUCAUCACAUUCUGGUACCCGGUGGAAGAACGUUCCGUACGCAUCGCCUUCGUCCUGGCAUCCGCCACAGCAGCCGGGGCUUUCGGGGGCUGCAUCGCGUACGGAGUCGGGUAUUUAAACGGAGAUGGAGGUCUUGAAGGCUUUCGAUGGCUGUUCAUCAUCGAAGGAGUGAUCACGAUUCUGAUGGUGCUUCCGGUUUUGUGCUUUCUCCCGGAUUACCCUGCGACUGCGAAAUUUUUGAGCGAAGAUGAGAAGAAAUAUGUGCAGGAUCGGAUUGCGGUGAAAGGGGGUGGGUAUACGAAGGAGAGGUCGACGAGAGCGGAGAUUUUGGAGACGGCGUUUAGUCCGAGGAUGUUGGCGCAUUAUUUUACUUAUGUGGGUUUGGCUUGCGAUUGUGUGCCGCUCGGGUCUUUGACUUUCUUCACGCCUACCAUUGUGAAUGGUCUCGGGUAUACCUCCAUCCAAGCACAGCUCAUGACUGUACCGCCGUGGGUUGUGGGGUACUUCUUCUGCCUGUUCCUUGGCUGGUCUGCAGAUCGCCACAACGCCCGAGGCUGGCAUAUCAUGGGCGCUUCGAUGCUAGGUGGCGUUGGCUGGCUGACAGCUGGACUCUUACCGGCUGAUGCUUACACGGCACGCUAUGGCUGUCUGAUGUUGUGCGCUUGUGGGGCCUUUCCCUCAACAGGACCCCUUUCAGCUUGGGUUACUUGUAAUGUGCCUGCGUUCGCUUGCAUGGGAAUCGCAACGGCCGCGAACAACAGUAUGGCUGGGAUCGCUCAAAUCAUCGCACAGUGGAUCUGGAAACCUGCUGAGAAGGCGCAAGGAUAUCCGACUGGCAAUUUCGUGUGUGCUAGUUGCAGUUUCGCUACCUUUUUCCUUGCGCUUGGCAUGAGAUUGAAUUAUGGGAGAAUGAACAGGAAGGGGAUCCGAGAUGUCAAGGGCAAUGAGAGAAUUUGGUUGUUGUAGAUAGAUGGUGAUCUUCUACACGGCCAGUCUGGGAGUUACGCCUGUAUAAAGGUAGAUGUGAUCAGGAGACAAG